AUAGCUUUCCACCCCUUGCUGGAAAGCGUUUACUAAACAGGUGAGGCGCACGUGGAUUGUAAGUUCCGUAUUGAAGUUAUUCACCAUGGGUUUUGCGAAGACUUUCCUUUUUUUCUUCAACUUUAUCUACCUGGGUGUAUCUGGUGCUAUCAUUUAUUUAGCUGUAUGGCUAAUUAAAAAGGAUGGCCACAUUACAAAGAUUACAACUGAUGAGUACAUUCUGGUCCCAUGUGUAAUCCUAGUUGGAAUAGGUGUCCUGACCUUUAUUACUGCCUUGUUUGGUUGCUGUGGAACAUGCCAAGAGAACAAAUGCUGUCUUUCCACAUUCUUUGCAUUACUCCUCAUUGUAUUUGCACUGGAGAUCGUAGCAGGUGUCUUAGGAUUUGUCUACAAGAGUGAGGCUAAAAGCUUUGUGGAGGAUGGUUUCCAGGAUGCAAUCAAGAAUUAUGAUGAUAAAGACACAACUUUAGAUAAAGCUGUAGAUGGUCUCCAGGAAAAUCUGAAAUGUUGUGGCAUCAGUGACCCUACUGAUUGGCAUCCAUAUGCUGUGAAGCACGAUGGUCGCUAUCCUGAUUCUUGCUGUUCCCAAGGAGCAUUGACUUGUAAACCAAGGAAUGCUUACUCCAAAGGCUGCUUGAACAAAUUGACUGAGGAGGUUAAAAAAAACCUUAGUUUCAUUAUGGGAUCAGGUAUUGGACUGGCUGUGCUUCAACUGCUGGGAAUGAUUGGAGCAUGUUACUUGAUGUAUAGUCCACGCUCCGGAUAUCUUGAACUGGAGGGUGGCACUACUCAUUCCUUUGUUUAACCAAGCAAAGUUAAAGCUGUUGUUUUCUGUUUUGGUACUGUGGAUAAGGAUGUGAAGUAUUAUACAAGCAAGAUUUAAUUAGUAUUUGGUUUGAAUAAAAAGCUGCUUAAAUCUCUGGACAAGUAUACUGGAGGCUUCAUAUAAUUAUAGAGAUCUGUUUUUGCACUUUGAUGUGAUAAAUUGUUUUUCUGACAGGUAUUCUGAUUUGUUUUGAGUAACAAUCUUGGUCAGUUUUUAAUCUGCUAUCAAAUAUGAAUGCAAUUGUUUUGUAAUAGAUAUAGUGCCUUACGCAAUCAAAAUGUAGAUUCUUUGUGUUAAUUCAGAGGUCACCAACUUACUUGGUUUUAAUUACCAGCGAGUAUCUCUGAAACUGGGUGUAUGACAGUACCAAAAGUAGCUAAGAAUCACUAUUCUACACCUAAGCACAGUAUGAGUGCUAUUAUUUAUGGUAGUCUGAGUGAAUACAGGGAUCAGCACAUGUCAGAAAGGUUGGAUGAAAUCCACCCAUUGGAGAGCAAUUUUUUUUUCUUGGCUCCUUUUAACUCCUAGAAGUGUUAAGUGAUUAAUUUUGAAUUCUCAUAACAAUUUUAAGGCAUUCUAAAACAGAGAGGUCAGGAGAGUGAAAAUAAUUAUCAACUAAGUGAUACUGAUACAACACCAGAUGGUCAGGAUGAACCAUAUAUUAUCUAAGCUUUCCAAGUUCACUCAAUGUUUUAGUUGUGAGCACAGCCUUUAAUUUGGAUCCAUGCCAAUCGUCCAAUCUAGACCAUGAGCAAUCCUUCUAUUUUACCAAAAUCUGUUAUGCAAGUAAAAAACAAAACAAUUGAUGUUAGCAUGCUGCACUGAACUAUGGAAGUGAGGCACAAAUUCGUCCCACUCCCAGAGUUCUGCUAAACAACCUUACCUCAAUUUUUUUCUACUGUCUUAUUUUUGACUCACAAUAAACUUCACUAAAAAGGA